AUUCACACGACGAGGCGAGAGCGCGGUGCGAGCUUGGCGAGGCGGCCGCGCGGCGGCGCGCCAGUCCACCCAAGAUGGCCACGCUGGAUCAAUGAAACGCGAGUAAUCGUAGUGAAAACACAAAUUGACAAGUGUGCGGGCGAACAUCGCGGCCUGAUCGCGGUGUAAAUGGACCAUGGGCAAGGACCAGGAGCUGCUCGAGGCAGCGAGGAGCGGCAACGUCACCGUGGUCGAGAAGAUUCUCGGUCAGCGAGCCAAAAGGAGUGGUCCACUGGCAAGUCUUCGUCGGGGACCAGGAGCUAAUGUGCAAGAUGCCAGUGGGUACUCGGCCCUCCACCACGCAGCUCUAAACGGCCACAGGGACGUGGUCAGAUUACUGCUCCAAUACGAAGCUUCCACCAAUGUCGUCGACGCCAAGGGCUCUUCGCCGCUUCAUUUGGCCGCUUGGGCGGGGGAUGCGGAAAUUGUACGAUUAAUUCUCAGCCAAGGGCCGUCGGUGCCGAAAGUGAAUCUUGCGACAAAGGAUAACGAAACUGCACUGCAUUGUGCGGCGCAGUAUGGGCACACGGAAGUGGUGGCACAGCUGUUGCACUACGGAUGCGACCCUAGUAUCCGCAACAGCCGCGGAGAAUCUGCGCUCGACCUCGCCGCACAAUAUGGCAGAUUGGAAACCGUGGAGCUGCUCGUGCGGACGCACCCUGAAUUGAUCGAGCCGCUGCGUAAUUCUUCCUCGUCUCUGAUCUUCCCGCACACACCUUUGCACCUAGCCUCGCGCAAUGGCCACAGAGCGGUCGUGGAGGUUCUCCUUGCCGCUGGAGUUGACGUCAAUACGAGGACGUCAGCGGGCACCGCGAUGCAUGAGGCGGCGCUCUGCGGCAAGAUGGAAGUGGUACGGGCGCUUUUAGAUCGCGGAGUGGAUUUGGGCAUUAGGGAUUCCCGGCAGAACACGGUGCUUGAUCUUCUGGGACAGUUUCCGCCGCACGUCACUCAAGAUAUCACGGCGGUGAUAAAAAGGCACCGGUCUUCCUCCGGUGUGGAGAGCGACGCUGACAGCGAGAACUUGCCGCCGAUUCCGGUCCAGGGUGGCGACUCAUUGGGCAGCCCCUACGAAAACGUUCGCCCGGGGGAUGAUCUCUCCCCCGCGGAGGGGACGUCGCCUACUCAGUGGCAGUUCUAUCAUAAGCCGCGGGACGACGAUCGUCGCGUAUCCGGCACUUCCGUCAUGUCCUUCGAAGACGAGCAGAACGGAGAGCCGGUGAACGGAGUACGGAGGGCCCUCCAGCAGACAGAGGACUCCGACCCCAGUUCCGUCUUCGACAGCGUCUUUAUGUCCCUAUCCGACACUCUCAACUCUAUAAAUACUCUCGAAAGUUCCGACCAAACUCCUGAAGAUAUACCACAAAACACUAGCAAAAGAACACCAUUACCACCCGACACCACACGGGGCUCCGACAGCGGACUGUACCAAACUCCGCCGGUGCCGCGCGGUACAAUGGAGGGUAGCUUCGUGUCGGAGGACCUGUCCUUGACAUUGCCCACGGGAUACGGGGGUGGCAGAGAGUCCGACCAAUUGAGCGUGUCCUCAUCCUCGAGCGUCGGCGGCCCGAGCCCACGGGACCGCCGUUGUUUGCCCAACGAUUCCAGCGCUGGCGGGAUUUACUUGCCGAUGGCACCCUUGUCUAGCUCGUUGCACAGCCCCGCUUCCAACAGUAAAGUCUCGCCGACGCCGCCGAAGAAGCCACCCAGGCGGAAUCUCUCCGUGUCCCCGACGCACCUGCAGACGCAGAUGUCUCUGUCCGCCGACAGCUCGGUGGGGCCGAGCAACUACGAGUACUUGUUCUUGGCGCGCAGCGGAGCGCGCAGUCACAUUGAUCUCGAGCAGCUUCAGAAACGGCGCGAUCAGCUGCGCCACGUGACCAGAAGCGUGGACCAGUACGUGGAGAUGAAGUCCAGGCUGGUCGGCGGCGAGGAGAAGCGCGAGCCGAACGUGGAGCCGGUGGCCAUCACGUCCAUCUACGAGAACCGGCCGGUGAAGAUGCUGAACCCGCGCAGGAAGCUGCGCAGGCACGCGUACGAGAGCUACGAGCCGGAGAGCAGCUCGUGCGCCGACAAGUCGCCGUGCAGCGACGGCGACGCGGUCGUCCAGGAGCAGACGUUCGUGUCGAACGCCUUCCUCACCCUCAAGUCUUCCCAGGAGAGCCUGCUCGACGAGAAGCGCGAGGUCAUCGACGAGCAGCCGGCGUUGGAGAGCCGCGAGGCCACCGACAAGCGUCUCAAGCGCGUGCAGAUGCUGCUGCCGACCAGCCCGACGCAUUACGUCCAACCACCCACGCCCGAUCAUCCACCACCUUCGGCCAUGCAGGCGGAGAAGUCCAUCCACGAGCGCAUCCGGCCGCUCAGCCAGGUGUACAAACGAAGGUCUCGCGACAUGGAAACGGAAACGGACGAGGACCUGCUGCAGUUCCCCGCCGGCGGCUCGCUGGACGCGUCCAGCGGCUCUCUGUCCAGCGUGUCCCUCUCCGACAAGAGCAUGUCCACGGAUAACGUCGAGGAGUACUUCGGCGACGUGCCGUUCGCAGGUCUGUUAAAGGGUUCCGUCACGGCUGAACGGCCGCGUACUUUGCGCCGCUUGCGGAACGUCUACGGUCAGACCGCAUGCGGGAUGGGGACCGGCGGCGGCGGUGACGGCGGAGAUCGUCUUGAGGACGGCGAGGUCUCCUUUCGGCUUUCCGAGCGGGAUCGCGACAGUCGGGACGAGAAGUCUCUCAGCAUAAUGAGUCCCUUCGACGAGCAGGAGGAGUGGGCGAAGAUCUCGGAGAUCAUGGCGUCGUUCGGGACCGGCCUCGUGCGAGAGUCGGUCUUCGUCAGUGAGCUCGAGAAAGAGUUCCAGACGAGGCUAGGUUUGAGUUCAGACACUAGCAGCAGCCCCAUCGUCUCCACGUCCGUGGGUCAGUGGCUGUCCAGCUUAGGUCUGGCGGACUACGAGUCGCUCUUUGUCAACUACGGCUUCGACGAUCUCGAGUUCAUAAACGGCGUGCUGGACGAGUCGGACCUGCGUGACAUGGGCAUUAGCAGCGACCAGGAGCGGACGGUGAUCGCGGACGCGGUCGGCCUGCUGAACAAACGAGUGGAAAAGCGCAGCGGCGGUCACGGCCAGUCAGUGGAGGAGUGGCUCAAGAGCAUUCACCUGGAAAAUUACGCGGAGACGUUCAGGAAGCACCUGUACACCGACAUGGACCGGGUCAGGCGGGUCUGGGAGGUCGAGCUGGCGGCGGUGCUGGAGAUCCAGAAGCCGGCGCACCGCAAACGCAUCCUCGCGUCCGUCAGCGGGCCGAACGCGCGCGCGCAAACUCGAAACGGCACCGGGCCGAACCUGGAGGACUUGAACAAGGACCUCAACACACUGAAGACGAACAUACAGCAGCUGAAGGAGGAGAUACAGGAGAAAUUGCCGGAAGCAACGGCGGACGGAGGAGGCACGUCGAUAACCGGAGCGAAUUCGACGGCCACGGGCACAUUGAGGCAUCGCAAAAACAGACCGGCGCCCCAGCCACCCCAGCGACCCAGUUCGCAUAAUGGGGCGAUCUCGGCGCCGGAGCAGCUCGAGAUCAGGGCCCCGUCCGAGCUGCUGUUCGGCGUGCCGUCCACCCUCAAGACGCAGUGGAGGCACCAGCCGAAGACUCUAGUCACCGGCUGUGUCACGUACGUCGCCAAUUAUCUCGGCUCCACCGUCGUGAAGGAGCUGCGCGGCACCGAGUCGACGAAGAAGUCGAUACAGAAGCUGAAGAAGAGCUUUCGAGAGCCCAGAGUCACCCCCGACAUUACCCUGGCGAUCUCUUACCGUGGCGUGCGUUUUCUCAACACGCUGACCAACGAGCCGAUUUGCGAGCACGAAAUCCGCAACAUCCACUGCGCCUGCCAAGACGCCGACGAUCUCACACACUUCGCGUAUAUCACGAAGGAUCACGCCAGCCGCACGCACUUCUGUCACGUGUUUUGCGUGCCAACGAUGGAUCAGGCGACGGAGGUCAUCCUGACUCUGGGCCAAGCUUUCGAGGUAGCCUAUCAGAUGGCAUUGAGGGACAAGCUCGGCAGCCACGCGAUUCGCUCCCAGUCCGCUAAUCAACUAACAACGCUCACCGGGUCGUCAAGGUCGACGACGGCGGCGGCGGUGGCGGCGGCGGCGGCGGCGACGACGACGACGACGACGAUGUCGACGACGUCGACGACGAACCCCGGCAAGAUGUCCGUGUCCCCCGACUCCGCGUCCUCCGAGCCCAGCCGCGAGACGGAUCAUGGUGCGGCUCUGAACUCCACGUCGUGCGCGAAUCCCAAGGCGAAAUCGCGAUCGAAGUCCAUACCCAAUCCGAAUCUCCAUUCGGUUAAUCCGAGUCCGGCGCAGGACAGUAACUCCAAUUCCAGUUCCAGCUCGACGACCACCGCGAACUGCAAUCCCAGCUCGAAUUCCGUCUCGAGCCCCGGCACGAACUCGAUCACCAGCUCCAACUCGAACAGCACCACUAAUCAGACCACUAAGCCCUUGGUCACCCACGGCCGUUCUCAUUCCGUCAACGACAUCAAGGUAAACGGUAAUCAAUUGAAAUUGGCGCCAGCGCCGGUGGACGACAUCGGUAUCGGGGUGAAGGACAUGAAGCCUGGCUCCAGAGCCCCGAUCGCGCUGUCCGAGGAGCUGUAAGCCGCGCGUCUCCGCUUGAAAUGCAUGAAAUUGCGACGCCCAUAAUCUCGCGCAGUCGACGAUCAUCCGCCGGGGGGCCGCGUGAGACGCCCCAUGGCUUCCCAUGCAGGCGACACGCCAGGAUCUGCCGCCCGAAUUGCGCACUUCCCUCCGUCGACAACGGGGAGAAUCGCGGCGACUCCCCCCGGCUCGGGGGGCACGUCGUUACGACGAGGGACUCGCGCGACGACUCUCGCGCACUUUGCGCGAGCGAUAUUUCCUCGCGAGAGGCAAGCUGACCAACCAUGAAGACCGCGCGACCGGAAAUCGCCCGGGGGGUGGCCCGGGCUCCUCCACGCGCUCGAGAGACCGAGAGGGAACGGCUCCUUUAUCGUCAGUUUUUAUCCGCCUGGAUUUGGCCGCUUGCGUCACCGGCGCGGUGCCUAAUUAUCGCGGCGCACAAACCACGAAUCAUUUAACGGGGCGUACGGCCAAGGUAAGCAGCGUCCCCGUGGAAGAUCGCGGGUCGAUCCUCGAGUCGACAGUCGACCGAUCCGCGCCACGCUCAAGCAGCGCGUGCACCGGCGCGCUAGGGUGACACAUGUCGAGGCGACUAAUCGAUCGUUCGCCGCUUCCGGUGAACGACCAGGCGCGUCGGGGGUCUCUCUCUUGGUCGCUCGGCGCGUCGCCGAAGUAAGCAGUAUUAACGCGUCGUUUUGGUGGAGCAACGGGAGCGGGAGCGGGGGCGCGCGGAUCGUCGCGCUCGCCGCGCGAUAUCAUUCAGCGGGCCGUGAAAUCGCCGUGAUAACGCCGCGUGUCCGAUCCGAGGCGCGCAGCUGGCAUCCGUACGAGACGUGCGCGCGCGCGAGAGAGAGAGAGAGAGAGAGAGAGAGAGAGACGGUCGUGUCCUUUUUCUUUGGUUAUCUGCGCGCGCGCUCACCUGCGAGCCGAGGAGGAAGCGGCGAGAGAACGGCGCGGAGCGUGCGAGAUGCUCAAUCCCUCGCAAACGAUAUCGACGACCAACGAACUCGUUACGUCUCUCUCCGCCUGCGCUCGCGUUCCCUGAAGCUCCGAUCCUGCGUUGCCGCCAUUAUACUCGGACGUUUCUUCAAGACUGAGGGACUUUAUCUCGUUUUGUAUCUCGCGCUUUUAGUGUAAUAACGCGUACUACGUAGCGAAAGAGGCGGGAAGAAGAGAGAGCGAGAGCGAAUCUCUCUUGAUAAGAGAGAGGGAGGGAGGGAGGGAGAGAGAGAGAGAGAGGAGAGAGGAAAGGAUCUUGAUGAUAUUUCUACCCGGCGAAGUUCGCGCGAACGUACUCGGCUGCUGCUCGCGCCGAGGAACGCGAGGAGGAGGCUCGCGUCGCGCGAGCCGAGCCGGGCUGAUCAGCGAGGAAACGGUCGGCUGAUUUUUCUCUCUCCUGAUUUGCAUGUAUAUAACUGGAUACGUGCGAUCUAACUGAAGCAAGGCUGGAAAGUCGCCGGCCGGAGGAGUGUGUCAGUUCAACAAGUGUGACAGUUCAGUCGGCUGUGAGAACGCAGAUGUUAACGCGAGCCGACUGUUCACGCGAACAUUGUUCCGUUCCUUUUAAGGACGGCCGCGGGCCUAAGAACCCAGCAGGUUGGACGUCCAAGCUGCUUAACGAUGUAUCUAUCUCGCGCGAUCGACGAGGAGAUAUAACGAAGAGAAGCUACAGCGAAAGGGAACUAUAUAGACUUGGCGCGCCCUCUUUGUACGUUUGUUUCUCUCGUCUGAAAACCAAAGAAGCAUAAAUACAGGUAUAUAGACAUACCACCCACACACACACACACACACACACACACACCACACACAUAUACAAGCAGGGAGACUCCUCGCGAGAAAGCGGAAAAUCAAACGAAACUUAGAGACGAUCGAGAGAGCCGUCGGAGAGGGAAGGACUAACGACGAAAACUGCCAAACCGAUGCACCACGAAUCACCUCGGUAGCUAUAUACGCACACUUUGUAUUUAUCACGUUUACAACGUAGCUCAUUGUCGCAAGAUCGACCGGAUUAGGGUUUAGGAUUUCUAGGGAUCCGGCAGCCGUGCGGGCGGCGUUUCUCCUUCUUCGUGAGACAUUACCCAAGUAUUCAAAUUCGCAUUCGAUGUACUCAUGUAGCAGCUAUGUUUAGUCAGUAGUGUUGGUAGGGAGCAUGUUUUAUCAAUGUGUCGAUAUUUAACGAUAUGAUACGUAUAGAAAACGAUAAGGAAGCAAGAGGGGAAGAGGAGGAGGAGGAGCAGGUACGUAGACGAAGAAGCGUGCCGUCUCUAUCGCCGACGAUCGCGCGCGAUCAUUUGCGCGUUCGCGACAGACCCUACGCAGAAAAUGGCGGAUUCGAUCCGCUUGUUCGCGCGAGCGAGAAUCCGCGAGUGCGACGGAGAAGGCGCGAACGAUGCGAGAGAGAGAGAGAGAGAGAGAGAGAGAGAGAGAGAGAGAGAGAGAGAGAGAGACAGCGCCAGCGCGCGAGACUCCGUCGCACGCGAUGCCCGCUCGAUUCGAUCUCGCCUCGUUUGUCUUUCGCCGAAACGAGCCGAGGACUAUCGGGUGCAGCAGUGAUGAACCGCACGAGAAACUGCGGAGAUAUUAAUAAGGGCAUACAAGAAGUUGCAUCAAUGGCGUCCUUUGGUGGCUCCACCCUAACCUUCCACGCGCGCGUCGCGUCGAGCCGAAAGACAAACUCGCGCCGAGACACGUCUUCGCGGUAUCGCGCGGUGGCUCCUCGAGAGAGAGAGAGAGAGAGAGAGAGAGAGAGAGAGAGAGAGAGAGAGAGAGAGAGAGUGAGAGAGAGAGAGAGAGAGAGAGAGAGAGGUGUGACGACAGGAAAAUCGCACAAAACGAAAAGAUUGAUUCCUCGGACCAAGCAUGAACGCGGAAGCACUUUGCUCGUUCCGGAUGUUUAUCAUCGAGAUAUUCAGGCGCGGUGCGUCUCGCGCCACCGCGCUUCCUUCUUCGUUUCCCAUUUUCCUUUCUUUCCUUCGCGAAGGUAUAGAGUUUAACCGUGUGCCCCGUUGGUACCGACGGCGCCGUCAGACUCGGGCUGUCGAUAUCAUAUACAAUUUUUAGAGUACGUAUAUUAUACAUAUAUUUGUACAUAUAUACAUAUAUAUAUAUAUAUAUAUACACACACAUACACACACAAACACGAGCGUACACGUGGAAAUUACACGAACCACCGCGAAUCAGUUUCUCUUAUCAGUACCAAAGAGAUUGUGCGGGUGAUCUUCUCGUCAUUGUGAUCUGUACAUUUGAUGAUUAUCGUAUUAGCAUAGCGAUCGUCCUUCUUAUAGAUAUGAUUUGCUCCUUUUGAACGCGAAUCCUCCCGUUUGAGGUUCUCGCCGCGCACGACUCUAAAGGCGACAAGCACCGCCAGUGGUCGCGCCAUUUUUCAGGCUGACGCUUGCGAAUUUUAUGCGGUGUCGUGUGUGAUUACAUAAUCGAGUGCAUUUAUCACGUGUACGUCAAUCCUAUAAACGCGAGAGUUUCGUUUGCUUUAUACCAAUCAAAUUUGCAUAGCAAAUGCGUCUUGACGCGUCGUCGAUUAACUCUACAAAGCCGCCGCUGCGCGCUGCGAUUCGCCGGGCGCAUUUAUAUCUCCUUGAACGGAAGUCGAGGUUCGCGGACUCAGUAUCGCGCGGCGCGACAUUUUCAAGAAGAGAAAGAAAGAACGAAAGAAAGAAAGAAGGAAAAAAAGAGAUCUCGUCACGAGACAUCACGUCGUGUAAUUUAUAUGGAUUUAUUUCUGUACAUUUCCUUUGCCCUUUGUUAUUAUUCGCCGAACGCUGAGACAAUAAAAUAUAAUGUUUUGUUA